AAAUGGUGUCGCUGACGCAGGAAAUCCCCUACACGACAAAUUUAUCACUUAUCAACAAGUGAAGUGAAGUGAUGAAAUGUUCAAGUUCAAAAUAACAAUAUAACAAUCGAACCGAGAGUUGGGUGUGGAAGCGUUCGGUACUUAUAAGAUACUAUAGUAAGAUACUAUAACUUUACCUUUUAUAUUUCGAAAAAUUCUAAAGGUAUUUCGAACUUUACCUGUUGAGUGAUUUUCUGUGAAACAAAAAGUGGCGACUUUGAAGCUCCAGUAUGACUAACGAAAAUAUCGUAAAAAUGGAGCCGAUGCUGCAAUUAAUCAAUAGUAAUUUUGUAGCUUUAGCAAUAGAGGAAGUACAAGAAAACCACUUUUUAUACAAGCUUUUAGAUGACAUAAUCGAUAAAAUGAGAGUCCAGAACGCACUGUUCAACAAGCUCUUCCAAAAGAAGUUUUUCGGCGGGAGCUUUUGGGACAGGCUCAAAGUGGGCCGGCCCGACGAGUACGACGUGCACGUGCAAUGCAAAUUGCACAAUUUCAAAUGCAAAUUAGUACCCAGCGAUCAGCCCGGUUGGGUCAAUUUAAAAUUCGAGAAACAAUCCAAUCCUCAUAAAAAGAAAAACCGUCGAAAUCAGAAGCCUUACUAUGGAAUACCUGGAUUUCACGUUUUGGUGAACAAAGACGGUUAUUUGGACACCGAAAAAGUGAUGCUUUGGUUCCACCAAACUUUGGCUAGAGUCUUAAAAGGAAAGCGCAGCAACAGAAAACGGGUGUGCUCAAUUACCAUAGGUCAGCAGCAGUUUAAGAUGAGCGUUAGAAGACACGGCCCGGCCUUUACUUUUGCGAUAAACACCGACAGCGAGACCAACAAUUUAGUGCACGUAGAUUUCGUUCCUGCUUUCCUGUUCGAAGGUUGGCAAUUCCCCGAUUUUGGAUUCAGAGCCAACCCGACGACAAAAGAAGAAACGUUUAUUGUGGCCAAACCGGUUAAAGGUGACAUAGGAACGAGGUAUUGGCAGUUAUCAUUUCAGAACCAGGAGAGAGAAUUGUUGGCGGAUCGUGGAAACUUGAAGCCUGCUUUGAGACUUUUAAAGAAAAUGAGGGACAAAUUCAACCACUAUUGCAUAGCUAGUUUCUACUUAAAAAACUUGAUAUUGUGGGAAUUGGAAACAAGACCAGAAGGAUUUUGGGAGCAACCGUUAAGUGUUGUAUUCAUUGAGGUUUUGCAGUCCUACAAAAACGCUUUGGAAAAUAAUAGCCUUCCUUUUUACUGGUACAACGGGAAGAAAUACAAUCUUUUCGAUAGUUUGUCUGCGAAUCAGACAAAAAUGAUCAGCACAAAAAUAGGGGAAGUUAUAAUUGCGAUGAAAAAAUCACCGAGUGAUAAAAAACUGGCCAAAUUCUUCCUUACAAGGCGGGAGUACGCGCUAUUUCGGAGCUGGUAAAAGAAUCGGGAAUGUUCUUAAGGUUAAAUCACACAAUAAAUUUUCAUGAAAUUUCUAUAUUUAUAUGAAGUGGAUUAAUGAAUUAAAACAUCUCACUAAAAGUCUAUGGUUAAACAUCAACAAAACUUAUCGUAAGUAUUCAAUUGAAACAAUCUAAAAAUCUAUUACACAGUAAUCACAUUCAGAUAAAUAUCACAAAUGGAGAAGUCCCCACUACAUUACUUGGCUCCAUAUGAGAAUUUCAUAACAACUUUCAUUUCGAUGUGUUCUAUCGUGUAUUUGUUAUCCCGCAAAACGAUGGAAGAAAGAUCUGGAUGGCUUUUAUACAGGGUGUUUCCAAAUUGACGCGUGAUUCUUCAUCAAACCUUACCUCAUCAGAUUAGAAACACCCUGUAUAUCUAGCUCACAGUAAAAACUCCAUACAUUUUUUUUUAUAAAUUUGAGAGAAUAAAUGGGAAUAAAACUUGGUGUAUCAAGGUUGUAGUAAAUAUAAUCCUCCAGGAGUUGUAAAGGAAGCUUUUCUCAAAAUGUAGCGAGCUUUUUACUGCACAAAUCGAACUUUUCCAAAGAAAUUCUCGCAUUUUUUCGAAUAAAAGAAACUUACAUCGAAACGAUUAUUGGAUGACUUGUAUUCUGCGCAAUUAACCGUUAUGAAAUCCUUUCACAAUUCGUUCAGUUCAUCACAAUUUGUACUUUUUUUCCAUCAAAUAUGAUUGUAUUACGAAAUUAAAAAAAAAUCUAACAAGUUUCGACGUUAACGAACGAAGUUUUUUGAGAAAAACAGCCAACAAUGGCAAAUACGGGCGUGUUUCGUUUGAACCUGCUUUGAUAGAAAUUUCCCAUCGAAAAUUAGAAUAAUAAAAUACAGCGAUAAAGAAUUAUAGUGGAAUUAAAUUAAAAAUAUUUGAUUUUUUAAGCAAACAAAACAUACCAGUAUAAAAAAAUAUUGUUUCAAAUAAAUACACAAUGAUUUAAAUCACAGCAUUCUGUUUGAAGUAUAGCAUGUUUACGUUAACGAGGCGAUGACAUCACAACCCGAAAUAUUAACAUAGAGUAUUCAACAAAUCAUAUCGUGACGUCACCACCUCGUUAACCUGAACACACUCUAAUCAAAAUUACAACGCUAAUUCGCUCGAAUGAUCCCGAUCGGUCGCUCGAGGAAAUUACAAUAAUAAUUUUUACAAAUAUUCCUUGGACGUUAACCCUUCAGUUAAAUAAAAAAAUGUUACACAUUUUGAACAUUUAAUCGAAAUCGUAACCGCAUAAUUUCCCCAAAACACAUAACUCUAACGUGCGAAGUCGAACAAAAUUACGAGAUUUUUGAUUUUUACUGAGAACUAUUUGGAAAAUAAAAUCACAAAAAAAUAUAAUAUAAAAUUAAAACGUACCAUGGCCAAUGAGGUAUUUGAAUAUUUUGGAGUCAUGUACCUAAUAAUUCCAUUCUACAGCGAAUUGAAGAUAUGCAAGAAGCGGAGAAAGUCCAAAUAACGAAUAAACAGAACGGAGAACAAUUCAAAAAAAAUUAAAAAUACAUGAUAUGUGCGCUUUUCGCACACAAUUCAGUCGAUGUGCGGGAAAUUUUAACAUAAAUUCCAUCAAAAAACUUUCUGAUUCUACAGGGUGUUUUCGAUAAAAAGUAUCAAUGAAGUCGGAAGAGAAGCUCUGUGAUGAAAAAAACUCGAUAUUUCAUUAAACACCCUGCUUUUGGAAUUUUCUUGACUCGAAUUAAAUAUGUUUCCGCUAUUGCAUGAGUCUAAACUAUAUGGCAGUGAAAUUAUACUCUAAAAAAGCAAUUAAAAUUAAUACUGAGAUCAAGACACAAUUUGGGGUAAAUUACAACGAAUUUUCGUUUGUAAUUGAAAUUAAUCGUAAGUUCUAGGGCGCAAAUUUUUAAAGUGUUUCAAUACUUGUAAACAGUUUCGUGAAUAGUUCUCUUAGAAUUGCGAUUUUUUUCUCUUUUAAAUAAUUUGAUGUAUGACAAGGUUUUAAAGAUUUUUACAUCAGUCGUGUAAUGAAAUUGAAAAAAUAUAAUCUAUAUUGUUGCGAUCGCUAACGAGACGAUCACUCUCUCUAAUAUUUAUAUAUUUAUACGUAUAUAUUAAUAUAUUUGUUACAAUUUUUCGGGUUAAAAAAAGCGCAGUAGUGUUUUAUAUCCCGAUAGAUUACUAUCGAAAAUCGUGUGCAUCAUUUUGAUUUAACCCAUUUUUUUAUUGAUGGUCGAAUUUUUACACGGCAGGAUCUUUUACAUGAAAAAUUCAGUUAAAAUUAAUACAAUUCCAAUGUUCAAGCAGUUCAUUAGUAGCAAAAUGACAACCAGUUUCGGUCUAAACGACCUUCCUCAGGCUUAUUCACAAACUAACACUUCCUGAAUUUUUCUGGAAUUGUAUUACAAGUAAAAUUUAAAAACAAUAGAACUUGAAACAAAAACUCAGCAGGUACUCAAUUGAAAAUUCAUUUGAUUUGAGUUCAGCAAAAAUCGGCGUAAUAAUCAUUUGAAAGUAUAAUCACUGCCCGUCUAAAAAUGAUUAACAUGAAUAAAAAUGGAAGGAUUUCUUUCGCUUUCCACGUCACGUUUUAAAAUGAUAGGUACACAUUAGAUAGUCGGAAGUCGUUCGCAAACAGUUUCGUAUCCAAGCGGACUCUAAAAAAAUAUGUUCCUCUUCAGAGAGCACAGACUUCCACUAUACAUAUAAUACGGGUAAUCACGAUCUCGCGUUUAGUACGCAAAGGCCCCGCGUUCGUGCUAAUUGCGCGUGCAUACAACACGAAUAAGGAGGACUCGGCGUAUUAAAUUCGAGUUCGCGAUCACUCCUAAUGCUAUUUAUUUACAUAUUGUACAACUCAAUAGGCGUUACCGCAGUCUGCGCAUUAGAAACGAAAUUUCCUCGAUAAUUCUUUGAAAUUUUUACGAGAAAGAUUUUUUUUAGUGUAGAUUAAUGUAAUACACUGAAGGAAAAUUCCGUUCGGCAACCUCAUCAACUGGGGAAAUCGCUAUUUCUCAUCGUUUUAAGUUAUUUACACGUGCUAAACUUAUCAUCGUAUGCGCUUUUCUACUGAUUUCGUAACUAGCCUGCAGUAGAAAAAAAAAAGACUAAAAUUAUAAAAAAAAGAAUUAUUAACACAACGAACAAAUUGAAAAAACCUAGGUACCUUAAACACUGAAAAAUACAAUUUACCGCAUGAAAACGUAAAACGUCUUGUAUAAUAAUCAACACUCAAUAUUACGUAGCUUAUAUAACAAUAAUAAUAAAAAAACAAAUUAUUCUGUACCAUUAUUUUGCUUCAUGUUACAUCAUCCGGUAUAUUUUACCAUUACUUUCGUUGAAACGAGCCGCAUACAGUGGACCCAACAGGACCCAACUCGUCCGGGCGCCACAGUUUACCAAUCUCGCCACUAUUCGUUUUAGUUUGUCAUGUAGCGAUUCACAGUCCUUAGAGCGUACAACAGCUCCGCUUGCAUCCUGGAUUCAAGGACCAUCAGGUUGACAUGGAC